UGAACCACUGUUUUCAAAAAAUGAACAAAAACAAAAUAAACAUUUAUCCAGCUGUUUCUUCAUGUGGUUAAGAUUAAUGAAGACCACCAGUGUAGAUAAGAUGAGCACAGAAAAGGCCACCACUAUCAACAUGACAACAAAUCAAAUUUCAUGUCAUAUAGUAUCUUAUCUUGACAUAUUCAGUCUGCAGAUCCAAGAUGGAAGAAUUUGCUGACUAACACACAUUUUCUGUUUCCUUGAACAACGCCACUCAAGGCAUCAUGCAUUACUGUAAGUCUGUAUAAAAUAUUGGGAUGUAGUUUUAUAGCAGCCUUUUUCCAUCCUUGUGACUCAAGUUCCAGGUAUAAUCUGUAGAUAAUUUGUUUGGAACACCUUUAGCUGAAACAUUAAUGCCUUUAGGGCACACAGUAGCACACUUGACAGCUGUCCAAAGAGGUCAGUGGUAUUAGUUUUCUAAGGUUUAUGAGACCUUGACUGGUUAUAUGGACAAUUUGAUCUUCUCACAUUCUUACUGUGUACAGACUGUGUUAAUGUUUGCACUCUGUCAUGUGUGUGUUUAUAGUUUUCCAUUAAAUCUGGCCAGUCCCUCUGUCCCUGGCACAUAUAAUCUGAUGAUCAGUUGCAAGGCCAGUCAAGUAGGUUGGCUGGAGAAGAGUCGAUUAAGCUGAGGGGAAUCACCUUCAAAUGAUUUGUGAUUUGUGAAUUUAAAUAAUGCAUAAACUGGGUGCUCUCUCUUCUGGCUGCUGAUGUUGUCUUUCCUGGUUAAAUAUAGGUUAAAUGAAAUAUCUGAAAAAAGUACAAGAACCUCAUAAGAGAUAGUCUCCAUUAGGAUUUAGUCUCAGCUUUUGAUGACUUACUGUAGCUUUAUGCUAUUCUACAGUGGUGUAGAAAUCUUCCUGAUUUCUUAUUUUUUUGCAUGUUUGUCACACUUAAAUGUUUCAGAUCAUCAAACAAAUUUAAAUAUUAGUCAAAGAUAACACAAGUAAACACAAAAUGCAGUUUUUAAAUGAAGUUUGUUAUUAUUAAGGGGAAACAAAAUCCAAACCUACAUGGCCCUGUGUGAAAUAGUGAUUGCCCCCCUAAACCUAAUAACUGGUUGGGCCACCCUUAGCAGCAACAACUGCAAUCAAGCGUUUGCGAUAACUUACAAUGAGUCUUUUACAGCGCUGCGCCCACUCACUUUGCAGAAUUGUUGUAAUUCAGCCACAUUUGAGGGUUUUCGAGCAUGAACUGCCUUUUUAAGGUCAUGCCAUAGCUUCUCAGAUCUAACGAAGAGUGACGAGAUAAAGAGCCAACUGAGACCUUAUGCUAUGUCUUUGAAUUACCUUUUAUUAUUAUUUCAUUUCCUCAUUCUACUCUUAUAAUGCUUAACUUAUAAGAAACUAUUUUGAAUGACUACUUUUAGUUGGCUCUUUGUCUCGUCACUUCAAAAUCCUUAAAUCAACUUUGUUUCCUAAUCCCGCCUCCCCUCUAUUUUUACAAGUGCUUAAGGAAAAGGUACCAAUGAGAUUAAAUGGAUGACAUCCCUGCUGCUUGCCCUUGAUCUAGAAGUCUGGUGUAUUAAAUGCCUAUCUAUUGUACUCACAGUAAGUCAGAGAGGGGAAGCUCUUCCUCUCUCUGGACUACAAGCCCCAACUGAGCCAGAAAAACAGAAGAAUCUGCUAUUCACUGGGAUAUCAGUUCCUGCAGGACCAGACACAAUCUUUCUGAUCUUUCAGCAAGAUACCAUGUGUUGCUAGUAUCUUUUUCCUGAAGUGUUUCCUGUUUGUUUGUUUUUUUCACUGGCUUCCUUCCUUGAAACACAGUUGCUAUGGCUUCAGAGAAUCUUCAGCUGCAGAGAUGUAUGCAAAACCGCCGCUCAACUGUCAACUGUCUGUCAAAGGAUAUAGAGGACAACAAAACAUUCCCAUUUUCUCAGGAGAAAACAGUCAAAGCAUGGAGAUCUCUGGAGAAUCUGGACAGUCCUGGCAUCAAAGCAGAGUGCCCCAAAGUAGAGGACAGACCUGAAUGGCAACAGAGCAUCAAUGUUAAUGUUGGGGGGAAAGUGUUUCAUAUCCCCAAACAGUGUGCUGUUAAAUAUCCUAAAACCCGGAUAGGCUCAUUGGCCCUCUGCAGGGACCGAGCAAAACUCCUCACACUGUGCGACGACUACUCUGUGCGCAAGAACGAGUUCUUCUUUGACCGUGACCCUGUCUUCUUCCACCACAUCUGCCAUUUCUACACAAGUGGAUUGCUGUGGGUCAUACAGGAAAUGUGCCCCAUCAACUUCGAGGAGGAGAUCGCAUACUGGGGCCUGAGUCUGAAGGACACCCAGCUCUGCUGCUGGAUGCUGUUCGAGGAGAGGGUCGACGAGGUAAAGGACAACCUGAAGGUGGACAGAGAGCUUAUGGCUGAGAUUGAGGUGAAGUAUGAUGACAAGUGUUUCAAGGACAUGAUCUUUGGUAAUAUGCGGAAGACUAUAUGGAACGUGGUGGAGGAUCCGUACUCUUCACCUCUGGCAAAGACUUUCACUGUGCUCUCCAACCUUUUUGUGCUCUUCUCCAUCGCUGCAAUGACUCUCAACACUGUGGAGGAACUUCAAACAUAUAGAAUCAACAACAAAACGCACAUGGAAUGGGUGGAGAUCAUCACCAUUGUGUUCUUCACUUUUGAAUAUUUAAUUCGCCUUGUCACCACUCCUAACAUCAAAAUGUUUUUGAAGAGUGGACUCAACUUCGUGGACAUGGUGGCAGUCAUGCCUUAUUUCAUGCAGAUCGUAUUCAAAGCCUUUACAGACACUGAUGACAUGAAUGCACAGAAAGACCUCACGGCCAUGGCUCAGGUCAGCAAGCUCAGCCACGUCCUCAAAGUCGUCAAGCUGCUGCGGAUCUUUCGGAUUUUGAAGCUGGCUCGACACUCGACUGGCAUGAGAGCGUUUGGGUUCACUCUGCGGCAGUGUUACCAGCAGGCCUCUUGCAUUUUACUCUUCAUUGCCAUGGGAAUCUUCACUUUCUCUGCUCUCCUUCAUUCAGCAGAGAGGGAAACUGAGGGAUCUCCUAUCAGCAGUAUCCCAUAUGCCUGGUGGUGGGCUGCAGUCAGCAUCUCUACCGUGGGCUACGGGGAUGUGGUUCCUGUGACUGUCCUGGGCCGCAUUGUGGCCUUUGGCUGCAUCUCAUUUGGUAUCAUCCUCAACGGCAUGCCGAUCUCUUUCCUCUUUAACAAGUUCUCUGAUUACUAUGCCAAGCUAAAAGCCCAGGAGUACAACACUACCUUAGUGCAGCGGCGCUUUCAGCUGAAGAGGCGCAUCCAACACAAAAUGGACAAAAUGUGUUUUCAUCCCUUGGAGGAAGAUGCUGGUACAGACAGCCGCUGCACAUGCCCACACUGAGUGAAUCUUAAAAUGCAAAGUGAUAAUUUAUGGGGUGUCUUCAGUGUGAAUGUGUUGCUUGGUAAACUUGAAACAGAAUCUUCAUGAAUGACAAUGUGUUAGGUACAGGGGAAAUAAUCUAACAAUAAAUGAAAGUACAAAGAGGAUGUACUACUUAAAAUUAAAGUCAACAUUUGGGAACGGCUUGACAGUGAAAGAAACAUUCUGGUUAAAAGAAGAUAACUUGAGUUCUUCACAUGGUGGAGGAUGAUGAGGAAUACCACUUUUUGUUGGAUGGAUGUAUGGAUUUUUUAACAUGUUUUCCUUUUGGGUUGAAUUAUUUUGAUUUAUUGGGGUUAGCUUGCCUAACUUGUCCUGUUAAAAUUCCUCUUUUUGAAUAUUUUGUCAAAUGUUUCUACAUUAAGAUAGACAUGAAACCUGAACGCUGGGCAUUGUACAUUGACAUCUGACGACUAGUUUGUCAUAAAGUGGUAGGAAACACCCUGCUGCUUGAGGUUUCCUCAAGUCAUUUCCUGUGAUCUGAAAACUGGGGCACUAAGCUCCUGCUCACUGGCUGAGUGCCUUAAAAUGUAAGAUUUGAUUGAUAAAAGUUGGAGAUGCAACAUGGCAUUUUAUGCAGAAUUUCUAUUAUUCCAAAUAAUUUUAACACUAUAUAUACUAUACUAUAUGUGUAUACAGUAUAUAUGUAAAAUAGUUUAAGCAAAAGCUCGAAAUUUUAGGAAAUAUGUUUAUUUGCGUUCCAGCGGAGAGUUCAAUGAGAAGAUCAAUACCACUCACAUAUCUAUCCCUUGAGUAUGAAACUACAACCAGCAGCUGGUAAGCGUAGCCAGUUAGUUUCUCCCUGUAUCUGGUCUUUGUGCUAAGCUGACCAGCUGCUAGCUGUAACCUUAUAUUUACCGUACAGGUAUGAGAGUGGUAUUAGAGUGGUAUCUUCUCAUCUAACGCUCUGCCAGAAUAAGUGUUUUUCCCAAAAUAUCAAACUUUUGCUUUAAAAGGUGGGGUAUGCAAUUCUGGAGAAAUGCAAUACCAUGUCCAAUACUAUAAUUAGAGCAAAGAACGACACAUCAAGUAAUAUAACUAACGUUAGCUAGGUUGUGCGUUAGCAAACUGAACCUAUAGUUGCUGCUGCAAAGCUAACAGCCAGAGAGGACGAGACGAUUUCCCAGAGCCAGCAGACCAGCUCCAGACAGCGACACUCACAACUCUCCUGCUACUAUAGCUAACAUCACAACAACAGCAUAUCUUGGCAAACUAGAAAGUAAGAUGAAUGUCGGUGGGCAAAUCAUUUAACGUUACCUGACACACAAAUCAUGGCUAGAAUAGUGUUGCGUCACGAGUCCGAGCCACUUUGUUAGUUUCCCAUUUACAGAGCCAGGGCUGUGUCCAAACACCAGAGUUUUUUUCAGUGCACACACUGAACGGACAGCUAGCGGACCGUAAGGACAUAUUCACUGAAUUUGACGAAAAGAUGUGUGCUGGAUUAGAAUCGCGUACCCCGCCUUUAAUCAAAUAUAAUAAAAUCAAUUAUCUUGGUCAGCCAUGUGUUUCAAGAUUUAUGGCAUAAAACAGUCUUGCUCGAAUACUGGUAACAAAAUUAAUAUCUCAACUUGAGAUUGAAAGUUAAUUCUUGACCAUGGAAACCAGAGUUGAAACAAACAAAACAGUCUCACCACAACGCCACGUUUAGGCCAACAUGGACAAGAAGUCUUUAAAAGAGUACUCCACUGAUUUAGCAUUGCACUUCUAACAUUGUCGGGCUCACAGUUUGGAAAAAAACAAAAACAAAACAGGAUCAGAAUCCAUGCAGCAGUACCAGAGAUAUCGUCUUUUUAUCCUACACAUUCUUCUCCCUUGUCAAAACCUGGCACCUAUAUUACCCACAAUGCAACAUGGCCGCCAACAGUUCAGCAUGUGUUAUGCUGGUAGCAGCUAAUAUUGCCACUAGCCUCAAGCAGAGUCUUUUACAACCAAUUCACACUUUAUUGGAAAGUCAGCAGGACUAAUGGGAAGGGGCAUAAUUCUUCGGAGCGAAGCCUUCGGCGUCGUACCUGGUAACUCCAGGGAAGUAGCGAUGGUUCCAGCAUGAAGACUGAAGCAGCGGUCACCUGUCUGACUCGGUUUAGAUGCCGCGUGGAUCUGGACAGGCAGACUGGUCCGUGAGACGAGGAGCAGGUGGUACCGUGUAGACCUGGGCUGGCCGUGUGGUGGAUUUGGUGGUGGGAUGUGGAGACUGACCGUCAGCGGAACCAAGAUCAUGGAGCAGGUUGCAGCCAAAGGGUGUGGCUCCGUGGUGGAGUUGUUGUAGUCAGGAAACGUGGAGUGGCUGGAGGCAGGCAGGCUGACAGAAAUCCAGACAAAGGCAGGAAUUGUGAUCACCAUCCUGAGGCAGAGCAAAAGAGGAUUAAAAAAACAAACAAAACGAGGCAA